AGAAGAAACCAAGCUCAAACACUUUCUUGAAUUAUUAUUUUUUACUAAAAUAUGUAUACGAAUCAAAGCGUAUUCGUUCCAUUCAAACUUUUCUUCGUCGCUGUGCUUCUCUUCCUAAAUGUGCUAGUGUGUGCCGUGGCAGGGCUUGAAACCAAAGUUUACAUUGUGUAUAUGGGAGCGAGGCAGCACGAUGAUGUGGAGCUCACCACUUCUAGUCACCAUCAUAUGCUUGCUACUGUCCUCGGAAGCCCAGAAGAAGCAGCAGCUUCAAUGAUUUACAGCUACAGGCAUGGCUUCUCUGGUUUUGCAGCUAUGAUGACCAAGUCUCAAGCUCAAGCUGUUGCAGAUAUUCCUGGUGUUGUUAAAGUCAUUCCUAAUUCCUUUUACAAGUUGCGAACAACCAGGAGUUGGGAUUAUCUGGGCCUAUUCUUAAACUCUACCACUAACCUGCUGCACGAUAGUAAGAUGGGUGAUGGUAUCAUCGUUGCUGUUUUAGAUACAGGAGUGACACCGGAGAAUGAAGCCUACAAUGAUAACGGAUUAGGCCCAAUUCCUUCAAAGUGGAAGGGCUACUGUGAGUCUGGACAGAUGUUCGACCCCAAGAAGCAUUGCAAUAAAAAACUAAUUGGAGCCCGGUACUUCAUUGAAGGGUACCUGGCUGAGAAAGGACAACAGCCUAAAAAUUAUACAGGAAUUCUUGACUACAUCUCUCCAAGGGACUCAAAUGGGCAUGGCACUCACACUUCUAGUACAGCAGCUGGUUCACCUGUGCCCAAUGUGAGCUACAAUGGACUGUCAUUAGGAACAUUUAGGGGCGGUGCACCUCGGGCUAGGCUUGCUAUUUACAAGAUAGGUUGGGAAGAUGGCACAUUUACAGAAGCCGAUAUUCUCAUGGGCUUUGACACUGCCAUUAAUGACGGAGUUGAUAUGAUAUCUGCAUCAUUUGGGCCUGAGGUGCCUUUAUAUACUGAACUGCACCCUCAAGAUGGUGCAACCAGCUUAGGUUCUUUUCACGCUGUUGAACAAGGAAUCACUGUGGUUGCUGCAGGAGGGAACGAUGGGCCUGCUGCUCAAACUGUGUGUAAUGGGGAGCCCUGGAUAAUAACCGUUGCUGCUAAUACACCUGAUAGAGCAUUCCCUACCCCAAUCACACUUGGAAAUGGUCAAACCUUCAUGGGUCAAUCAUUGUUCAUAGGGAAAGACACAGGCAUUGUCGACUUGGUUGCUGCCCCUAGGCAUUGUGAAAGCCUAUCUACAAAUGAUACAUGGAUAACUGGAAAAGUGGUGUUGUGUUUUACUGGAACGCAUCGCUCAGAUCGUGAUGUAGCAAGUAUUGUAGUGCAAGCUCGGGGUAUUGUGAGUGAAGUUGAUGGUGUUGGAAUUAUUGUGUCACAAAAGCCAUAUACAUUACUAGAUGUAUAUGAUGAUUACUUUCCUAGUGUUCAAGUUGAUUACGAGAUUGGAACUAAAAUACUCUUUUAUAUCACAUCUAGAAGGUAUAUAUGCACAUUUAGUAACAAAAAUCCUUUUAUAAUUUUCAGAUACCCAAAGGUGCAGCUAAGUCCAUCCAAAACUCAAAUUGGUAAACCAAUCUCAAGUGUCAUAGCCAAGUACUCAUCGCGUGGCCCUUAUACUAUAGCCCCGGCUAUACUUAAGCCAGAUAUUGCUGCACCAGGAACAAAUAUAUUAGCAGCAUAUGUUCCUAAAAAUCCUGCUAUCCCAGUAAGUACAUAUAAGAUGAUCAGUGGAACAUCUAUGGCAACACCACAUGUGGCAGGAAUAGUAGCACUACUCAAAGCUGCUAACCCAAAUUGGUCUCCAGCAGCUAUAAAAUCCGCAAUUGUCACAACAGCAUGGACAAGUGACCCAUCAUCUGGACAACCUAUAUUCAAUGAAGGAGAGACAAUUAGUAAGUUGGCAGAUGCAUUUGACCAUGGGGGAGGGAUCAUAAACCCCAACAAAGCAAGAUAUCCUGGCCUCAUCUACGACAUGAGCACAACAGAUUAUCUUCAGUCUCUAUGUGCCAUGGGAUAUGACAGCAGCGUCAUUACUGGACUUGCAGGACAAAACAUAUCUUGCAAUAAUGGGCUUUCCAUUUUUGAUGUGAAUUUUCCUUCGAUAACCAUACCAAAUCUAAGGGGAUCAAUCACUCUCACUAGAACCGUGACAAAUGUUGGACCUGUAAACUCUUUAUACAAAGUUAUGGUUGAACCUCCAAAGGGAAUAGCAGUAGCCGUAACGCCAAGUACAUUAAACUUUAGUCCCAAUGUCAGGAAGAUCUCCUUCAGUGUAAAAAUUUCCACGAGCUAUCCCUCCAACACCGGAUACUAUUUUGGGAGCUUAACUUGGAAUGAUGGAGUGCAUAAUGUCAGAAUUCCUAUAUCUGUCAAGACAAUGUAUUAAGUAAGAAUCAAGAUACUAUUAUGGGAACUUCACUUAGAAUGAUGUGGUGCAUACUUUGAAAUUCCUAUAUCUGAUAACACUAUGUAUUAAUAAUCUUGAGUUGAUGCUUAUUUCAAGAGGAAAUAAAAAUUAAGUUAUUGACAAUGAUA